AUGAUUGCAUGCAGACAAAACCAUAAAGAUCUUUUUGAAUUCCUCGUUGAACGUGACGUAAAUGCGGUUCAUACACUAGAUACGUUUGGUUUAACAUAUCUACAUCACUGUUGUGUUGGAAAACACGAUAUUCCACAAAUACUGGAGAGACUGUUAGACCUUGGGGUGAAUGUCAACAGUAGAGACGAUGGUUUGAAGACCACAGCUAUGUAUGCGAGCAGGAGUGGUCUUACAGACAUACUUCACUGUCUUGUUGGUCAUGGGGCUAACCUGAACCUGAAGGAUAAAUAUGGACAAACAUGUCUCCAUUACGCUUGCUUUUCAAAGAAUGAGGAUAUCAUUAGGUAUCUGGUUGGUUGCGGAGUUUAUAUUAACUGUGAGGACAACAAAAAAAGGAUACCUCUUAUGACGGCCUGUUUCAGAGGAAGUCCUAUUGCAGUUGAUGUUCUGCUUGAAUUAGGUGCUGAUGCCACCAAACUGGAUGUCUAUUCUGAAGCGUGUGUUCACACGGCGUGCAAAGAAGGACAUGUUCAGGUUGUAGAGGUUCUUGUGCAUCAUGGUGUUGAUAUGGAGAUGGAAGGAAAGUAUGGUCGAACGCCAUUCAUGUACGCGUGUCAGUAUGGGAAGAGUGACGUUGUUGACUACCUACGCGAGAUCACUGUUAGAGUAUUGGCAGCAGAUAAAAAUGGCGCCAAUAGCCUUCACCUCUGUUUUAUGGGUAAGAAUAAUGACUGUUCCAUUCCCAGGAAGCUACUUCUGUUUGGUAUCAACGUCAACAGUCGAGAUAGUAAUGGAAUGACAGCUAUUAUGCAAGCAUCUUCUCAUGGAAACUGCCUACUUUUUGAUUUUUUAUAUUCAAAAGGAGCAAACAUUGCAUUUCAAGACAGACGAAGGAAAACCUGUUACGACUUUGCAUUACAGGGAGGACACAAUGAGCUGACAGGGAAAAUAAGACAUGAGCUUGCUGCAAUGCCAUUAUGUCUUAUGACUGCCUGCUACAAUGGUCACAUGACAUUAAUCAAGAUGCUGAUUGAUAAGGUGGAUGAUAUCAAUGAAAAGGGUGAAAAGGGCCGAACAGCCUUGAUAACUGCUUGUCUUGGGGGUCAGACAGAAUCUGCAGAAUUACUUAUUUCCAAGAAAGCUGAUGUCCAUCUUGUCGAUGGAUAUGGUAUCAGCUGUUGGCAGUAUGCAUGUGCUAGCGGCAAAGUAGACCUAGUCAAAUUAUUGUUGAAACAAGGAUUUACUGUAAACACACCAUGCCAGAACCGGAUCACUUCUCUGAUGAUUGCCUGCAGACAAAACCAUCACGAUCGUUUUGAAUUCCUCGUUGAACAUGACGUAAAUGCGGUUCAUACACUAGAUGUGUCUGGUUUAACAUGUCUACAUCACUGCUGUGUUGGAAAACACGAUAUUCCACAAAUACUGGAGAGAUUGUUAGACCUUGGGGUGAAUGUCAACAGUAUAGAUGAUGGUUUGAAGACCACAGCUAUGUAUCCGAGCAGGAGUGGUCUUACAAACAUACUUCACUGUCUUGUUGAACAUGGGGCUGACCUGAACCUGGAGGAUAAAUAUGGACAAACAUGUCUCCAUUAUGCUUGCUUUUCAAAGAAUGAGGAUAUCAUUAGGUGCUGA